AUGCUCGCUUUUCUUGUGAAUAAGUUUAGACAGCAGAAUAAUAGCGAGUCUAGAACAGGCCAUUCUGAACGCCGCUAUGACGGUUCCUUCGACGGGGAAACAAUAUACGACUAUUUCGGCAACCUCGUUAUCAAGAGCCACAACAUCCGAGAUGGACACCCUGUCGCCAUUAAAUUCAAAACCGUGGGCUUUUUCUGGGAAUCAGAGGCGGACAUGAUGGCCUACGCGCACUCUCAGAACCUCUUGGCUCCUGCCGUCUGGGAAUGCCGCCAACUCGACAGCCAUCGGAUCGCCAUGAUUGCCGACUUUGUGCCAGGCAAUCCACUUGACGAGGUCUGGCCGACAUUGGAUGAACAACAACGCAUGUCGAUCACAGAACAGCUUGCAGACCAUUUAAAACUUUUCAGGUCAUGCACCCAGCCGUAUAUUGGACGUGUCAAUCGCCAACCCACCUACAACCCAUACGAAGGCAUCGAGAGAAAGCUCAUGGGGCCAUUCAACUCAGAGGCCGAUUUCGAUCAAUGGUGUCUUUCCCGUAUAAAGAACCCGUCUGAAAAAAGCAAGUGGAGGAGGAAACUCGCUGAAUUACGGAGGAAUAGUCAGUCAAAGUUUGUGCUCACACACGGAGACCUCUUUCCACGGAAUAUACUUGUUAAGGAAGGGAAGAUAACAGGUAUUGUGGACUGGGAGCGUAGCGGAUUUUAUCCGGAGUAUGUCGAGUACGCACUUGCCGCAUGUUUGUAUGAUUAUGGAGGAGAAGAGUGGUGGAAACCCUUACUGAUGGAAGCCUUGACUCCUUGCAUUCCAGAGCGACUAGAAGUUCAGACAUCAUCUCAAACCCUUGAAUAUGCUCCGCAAACCCUUCAUCUUGUUGCAUUCAGCAUCGGAGAUAUAGCGCAUUGGGCGCUAUUUAUUCCCAACAGAACGGCUGACCCUACCGGAACCCUUGUGCACAUCGGGAUAGAAGGCAAUGACGCGAAGUCUGGCGGAGGUGAGGCUGAGCUACUUAUCAACCAGUUCCAACUCUCGCGCAGCUCUGCAAAGAGUGUUGUGCCUCUUGUAGGCUCACGUGCAACACGCGGGGAAGUUGAGGAUGCGGCGAGAGCAUGCUUUGAGAGUUUCGAUUACAAUAUCCUUCUCGACAACUGUCAGACUUUCACUAUUGAUGUCUUGACAGAAUUGCAACGAAGAUUGCCCUCUCAGAUCCAGCAAGCUUCGAUCAAUCUUAUCCGGGAACAAUACGGAACAACACCAGUUAAAAUCCAGCAAUUUCUCGACCGACACAAACAACAACAAAACACUGAAGGACAUCAACCUGAGUCUUCAGAGCCACGAUUUUCCCUUGAUUAA